GAAGAUCAGAUUCGGCGUGCUCCUCUGUUGUUUUGUCUUGAUGCAAGCUGUUAGAAAAGUUGUUUCUGUUAAGUCGAAAAAUACCGUUUUUGAAUCCGGUCAAUGAUAUUCUCAUCCUCAAAGUCGUGACUAAGGUUCAAAGCAAGCAGGAAUAUCAUCUGAACUGAGAUCUGCUGCUGUGAAGAUGAUGUCUGUUAAAGAAGAGAGUGAAGAGAACACGAGUGAACCAGAAACACUGAGAAUAAAACCAGAAACCUGGAGAAUAAAACACGAGGAACCAGAAACCCGGAGAAUAAAACACGAGGAACCAGAAACCUGCGGAAUAAAACACGAGGAACCCGAAAUCUACAGAGUAAAACACGAAGAACCAGAAAGAUGGAGAAUAAAGCACGAGCAUCAAGGAGAGUUGAUUAAAAAAAACAAGGAGAAUGAAGAAUCAAGUGAAGUUGAGGAGACAAAUCAUGUCAAACCUGGAGAAAAACCUAUGAGUUGCUCUCGAAUCAACCAGAAUGAUUUACAGAAAACUGGAGACAAAAAAUCUUUCCCCUGCACUCAGUGUGGAAAGAGAUUCACACGCAAAUAUGGUCUUGAUGUUCACAUGAGAGUUCACACUGGAGAGAGACCAUUCCCAUGUGAAUAUUGUGGGAAGACGUUUACACAAAUAUCACACCUUUAUGAGCAUAAGAACAUCCACACUAAAGAGAAACUGUACUCAUGUGAUCAGUGCGGUAAAAUGUUUUUAUGGGCUGCAGCCCUGAAGCAGCACAUGACAGUUCAUACAACGGAGAAGCCAUAUUCAUGUGAUUUGUGUGGAAAGAGUUUUUCAUGUCUUCAACAUUUGAAAGUACAUCAGAAAGUACAUGUUGUUGAAAGAGAUUACAUAUGCUGUGAGUGUGGGAAGACUUUUACUACAGUAAGCAGUUUAAAACGGCACCAGAGGAUUCACACUGGAGAAAAACCUUACAAGUGUUCACACUGUGACAAGAGAUUCAAUCAUUCAACGCAUCUGAAAUCACAUGAGAGGAUUCACACUGGAGAGAAACCAUACAAGUGUUCACACUGUGACAAGAGAUUCUGUCAGUCAGCAAAUCUGAAAACACACGAGAGGAUCCACACUGGAGAGAAACCGUACAAGUGUUCACACUGUGACAAGAGAUUCUGUAAUUCAGGAAUCCUGAAGACACAUAAAAGGAUUCACACUGGAGAGAGACCAUAUCCGUGCACUGCAUGUGGGAAGUGUUUCAAAAAUUUAUCUAAUCUACACAGUCAUACAAAAACCAAUCACAGCAAGUAGAUCAUCUUCAGAUCCAGCACUUUCAGGCAGUGGCGGACCGGGUCAUCUGAGUUGGGUCAGCCCGGCCCUUUGCGUGAAUAUAUAGAACGAAUUAUGGAGACAAUACAACAAGACUUGCUGUUUGUAUUGUAUUACUGUUUAGGAUAACAUAAAAUUUUUAAAUGACAGACAUAAAUUUUUAGGGAUAC